AUGUCAGCUACACAGCGCGUAGAUGCUCUCGACUUCCUGGACGUCGCGCACGAUGACGAGCUUCCGGGCUACGGUGAGGCUGAGACGGCUCCAGCCUACGAUGACGGCGCAUACGACGGGCCCCUUGUUACCUACCAUCUUCGCCAGUAUGACCGCAAGAUACAGAUGCUCGCUGCCUACAAUGGGCCGCUCGCCUCCUCGUACAGAAUCACAACGAACAGCUUCCGCGUCUUCUCGAAGAAGCCGGAGAUGGAGGUGCUGCAUACGUCGCAGGAUAUGCGCCAGCGCAAUAUAGCUGCUCUUUCGUAUGACAACGACGGAGGGUUCCCCUGGCGGCCGCGCGCGCAUUUUGAUUAUGCUUCGGAGGACGGGUUGCGUACAAAGUACAAGAUGGAGUCGCUGAACUUUGAAGACUGGAGUCUCACGGUUGGAGACAAGACAUACGUCUGGGUACUCGAGAUGCGACCGAUCGCAUUGGGUGUGUACGAGAGAGGCUCUAGCAAGGUCAUUGCGCGCUUUACGUUUUCAGACAAAGGUGUGCUGGCACUCAGAGGCGCCGAGGUCGGUGAGAUGACUGUGUUUCGCGAUGGACUGACACUGGCGCCGGGUGGGAUUGACAAAGUCAUCUGUGGCACCAUGGUUGUCCUCACCUUCUUCAAAAGAAUGGGCAGGAACUAUACGAACCCGAGGAUGGAUGGGUUGGCGAGAGUAGGUUCUGUGACAGGAGGCACGCCGCUGCCGUCGUUGCAUAGGGGCUCGACAGCAGGCUAUUCAACCGUGGGCAACUGGGCAGGAUAA